GGGCGGUGUCCCGGCUCCCCCCGCCCCGAGCCGGGCUCUGCCGCACCGAGCGGCCCCGCCGGCGGUCCCGGGGCCGUGCCAUGGAGCUGCCGGCCGUCAGCCUCAAGGCUAUCAUUCUGGUACAUUGGCUGCUCACAGUGUGGGGAAGCAUGAAUUACAUGUUGCCAGUCUCCUAUGCCUGGGGAAAUUUCAGUGUCCUUGCAGUGGGGAUCUGGGCCAUUGUGCAGCGAGAUUCCCUUGAUGCCAUAACGAUGCUCUUGACUGGCCUGCUGCUCACAGUCCUGACAGACAUCAUUCACAUCUCUAUCUUCUACCCUUCACACGACUUCCUCAGCGAUGCGAAGCGUUUCAGUAUAGGCAUGGCCAUCUUCAGCCUCCUCCUCAAGCCCGUGUCCUGCUAUUUGGUGUAUCGGAUGUAUCGGGAGCGUGGAGGAGAGUACACCUUUAACAUAGGUGUCACCAGUGCAGGCCGGGACCACAGCACCUAUGAGCCCAUUGAUCAGCCAGAUGCGCCUCCACAGUGGCCUUCCUCAAGCAAGGCAGCCCAGCCACCCUACUGAGGCACCCUGCAGCCCAGGACAGACGCUGCUCCUGCCCAGCCAAGCCUUCCACUCUUCCCAUCGAGCAGCACCUGCUCCUGGGAAGAUAGGAGAAGAUCUGAUAUUUCUUUUGCCUACCUAAAGGUUAGGCAGAUGGGUUCUGCAGUAAGUCCAGAAGAUCCUGGAGGUGUCAUGUUAAGCACUGUGUAAUCCCAAUACUCUCCUUUCUUCCCUCCCCUAAAUCCCUCCUCUGUACGUGUGACUGGAUGCACUUUCUGCAGCCAUCCAAUCUUCCAUUGUGCUUCCUCUUCUUUAUAAGAGAACCACUCAAAGUACUCCUGGACAAGCAAUCUUUGAAAGGCUUAUGGACUGCCCUAAACCAAUACAGUGUAGCCUGAUUUUAUGCAGAUAUAUUUCCAGGAAACAUCUAGGAGUUCUCAAGAGCUGUUUUUGAUGGCAUUAUUUAACUUCUUGUGCUCCCAGUAUCUGGUAUUGGGUUUUAUUAAGUGAUGCUUUUACACAAGUUGAAUGUCCUUCAGGAUACUUAAAAUGACUGUUGAAUGUAGUGCCUUUGUGCCUUGAAAAAUCCUUUUGCCUUCAGCUGCUUGUCAUAACAGAACUUGAAAUGUUACAUUUUUCUAAGAAAACUAUAAAAUGAACACAGUUUUUCUGUGUUAGAAAAAG